AUGACCUCUACUAUCCCCACCACUAUGAAGGCUGCAGUCAUUGAGGAGGGGCAUAAAUUUUCCAUCAAGUCGCACCCCAUUCCCCCAGUGGGCGACAACGAUAUCCUCGUCAAGACGGUGGCAGUCGCACUCAACCCCACCGACUGGAAACACAUUGACUCUGCGGCUAUCCCCGGCUCUUCCUCGGGUGUCGGCAGUGCCGUCAAGACCCUCUCGGUCGGACAACAGGUUGCGGGCUUCGUCCACGGCUCAACCUUUGCCAACGAGGGCGCGUUCGCGGAGUACGUCAAGACUCCCGCGGACCUCGUCUGGCCUAUUCCUGAAGGCGUGUCCUCCCACGAGGAGGCGGCGACGAUUGGCCUCGCGUUCUGGACCGCGGCGCAGGCACUCUUCCACCCCAUCCGUCUCGGGCUCGUCGAGCCUCCCUCCAAUACCGACAAAAAGGAGUGGGUCUUCGUGUACGGUGGUAGCACCGCCAUCGGACAGUGUACCGUACGCCUCGCGGACCUCACGGGCUACAAGGUCGUCGCGACCGCCUCCCCUCGGAACUUCGGGCUCGUCAAGGCCGCGACCGGCGGCACCCUCGCGAAGGCGGUCGACACCAUCUCCGAGAGAGACCCGCAGCGGAUCUGCGCCGAGUCGAUGGGCCCCGCGGGCGGCGAGGUCGUCCUCGUCUCCUCCCCGGUCCCUGAGGCGACGCGGCGCGCCGACGUCGCCUUCAAGCCCACGCUCAUCUACACGUCCCUCGGCCGCGAGUCCACAUUCGCAGGCACGAUGCACUUCCCCGUCUCCGAGGAGGACCGCGCGCACAUGAUUUCGUUCCCCAAAAAGGUUCCGGGGCUUGUGAAGAGCGGGGCCGUCAAGUCACUCCCAAUCAAGGCAUGGGACGGUGGGCUUGAUGGGCUCGCUGACGGCCUGCAAUAUAUGCGGGAGGGAAAGGUGAGCGCAGAGAAGAUCGUGUACCGCUUGUGA